GACUGGCGCAUGCGCGGCUGCUAGAAGUGGCCGCAACAUGGACGACGAGGAAGAGACCUAUCGGCUGUGGAAAAUCCGCAAGACCAUCAUGCAGCUCUGCCACGAUCGAGGCUACCUAGUGACCCAGGAUGAGCUGGACCAGACCCUGGAGGAGUUCAAAGCCCAGUUUGGGGAUAAGCCAAGUGAAGGGCGGCCACGGCGCACUGACCUCACUGUGCUGGUGGCCCACAAUGAUGACCCUACUGACCAGAUGUUUGUCUUCUUCCCAGAGGAGCCCAAGGUGGGGAUCAAGACCAUCAAGGUAUACUGCCAGCGCAUGCAGGAGGAGAACAUCACACGGGCUCUCAUCGUGGUGCAGCAGGGGAUGACACCCUCUGCCAAGCAGUCUUUGGUGGACAUGGCACCCAAGUACAUCCUGGAGCAGUUCUUGCAGCAGGAGCUGCUCAUCAACAUCACGGAGCAUGAGCUGGUCCCAGAGCAUGUGGUCAUGACCAAGGAGGAGGUGACAGAGCUUCUGGCUCGAUAUAAACUUCGAGAAAACCAGCUGCCUAGGAUCCAGGCUGGGGACCCUGUGGCCCGCUACUUUGGGAUAAAACGAGGGCAGGUGGUGAAGAUCAUCCGGCCCAGCGAGACCGCAGGCAGGUAUAUCACCUACCGCCUGGUGCAGUAGCGGCAUCCCUCAGCCUCCGAAGCAAAUGGGACAGAUGGGUGUGCAUGGUGUCUCCUCCAGGAUGGACCUGCCUGCCCUUGAGGGAUCUGCCUGUGCCCCCCAUCAUGGCUCCCACCUCCUUUGCUUGUCCUGGGCCAAGGGUGCCUGUGGCCCGCUGGGGAGGGGGAACAGCAGCUUGGGACCUAGCACAGGUGGGCCCUGUGGGCUCCACCAGCUGCACCCACAGGCAGCUCCCCUCGCUGCUCCCUGAUGGGGGGGCACAGCUGCUUGGCCAGGGUGUCCUUGGAACUCACUGUGAAUCAGCCCCCCUGUGUGCCUGGGCCGUGCCUGCCAUCUCCCCCAAAUGGGAUGUACACCCCGCUUGGAAUUCAGCCACCAGAGAAUGUUUCAUGUUUGAAAAAAAUGGAAACUAUUUUGUGUAAAUAAAAGUUUGAAAAGCCAAGAAU